CAGAGGACAACCAGCUUUCCCAUUAUGCUUGCCAGACGUCUGCCUGUCGUUGAACGCCUUCACAUACUGGACGGAUCAUUUCACAAAAUCACUCUUCCCUCGUUGUUCCAUCCUUGUCUCCUGGAGUUCGAGUCUGUUACAAUCCUCCAGCCGACGAACAUCGCAUUCGCGUCGGUGGACAGCUUCAUCGGAAUGGUUCUAGCUCUACCGGGUCCUCGUGAACUGGAGUUCCGGGAUGCGCACUGGUCGCAGCACGCUAUCGAG